UGUAGGCUACAGACGUAGCAUACAGCUCCCACACGAUUUUAAUACAUAGGAUUUUGUUUUCAAAAGACGAAAGUUAAAAAGCAGUAGGUACUGGAUAUCUAUCGUGGGAUAUUAAGUCCACAUUUAGUCAAGAUUGGGUCGGAGUGUGUCGUGUGUUUACAAGGGUAGGCCUAAGUGAACUGCAAGUGUUUCAGAGGAUGGAUUCUAGAGGUCGUAGCACUUUCUCAGAAGACAAUUUCUCCUGUCCUGUGUGCUGUGAAGUCUUCAAGGAUCCUGUCAUCCUCUCCUGUACCCAUAGCGUGUGUCAGUCUUGCCUGCAGCAGUUUUGGAAGAGCAAAGGAUCAGAAGAAUGCCCCGUCUGUAGAGAGAGACUCUCUAACCACGAUCCCCCUCUCAAUCGACACCUCAAGAACUUGUGUGAAGCUUUCCUCAGACAGAGAAGCAGAAGAGAACCAAUCUGUGAUUUACACCAAUCAGAGCUGAAGCUCUACUGUGAAAAUGACAAACAGCUUGUGUGUUUGGUGUGUCGGGACUCCAAACUCCAUAAAAACCACAACUGCAGCCCCAUCAGUGAAGCCGCACAGGAGCAUAAGGAGCAACUACAACUCACUCUGACACAAUUGCAGAAGAAACUGGGCCAUUUCUUUGCAACAAAACUCACCUUUGCAAACUCUGCCGGGCACAUUAAGGUCCAGUUCCAACACACGGAGAAGCAGAUCAAGCAGGAGUUUGAGAAGCUUCACUAGUUUCUACGAGACGAAGAGGCAGUCAGGAUAGCUGCACUGAAGGAGGAAGAGGAGCAGAAAAGUCAGACGAUGAAGGAGAAGAUCAAACAGAUGGACAAAGACCUUGCAAGUCUUUCAGACAGCAUUAAGGCCAUAGAGGAGACGGGAAGUGAUGACGUCAGUUUCUUACAGAACUACAGGAGCACAGUGGAAAGAGCCCAGUGCACACUGCAGGAUCCAGAGAAGCUUCCACAAGGAGCUCUGGUCAAUGUGGCAAAGCACCUGGGCAACCUGAAGUUCAGAGUCUGGGAGAAGAUGAAGGACUUGGUUCAAUAUACCCCGGUGAUUCUGGAUCCCAACACUGCACACCCGAAGCUCCUGUUGUCCGAGGACCUGGGCGAUGUUAAGGGAAAGCUGGCACUCCCCCUGCUUCCUGACAACCCUGAGAGAUUCGGCUGGCUACCUGCCGUGCUGGGCUCUGAGGGCUUCACCUCCGGGAGACACUGCUGGGAUGUCCAGGUUGGAGAGGCGGAGCCCUGGUCCCUUGGGGUGAUAACGGAGUCGAACCAGAGAAAGGGGCACAUGGACUUAAAAGGCUUAUGGGUGAUGUUCUAUGGAAAGAACAAGUGUGGAAUGUAUGCUGCAUCCCAUAAAACGGAUCUCGUAGUGAGACAGAGACCACAGAGGAUCAGAGUGCAGCUGGACUUGGACAGAAGAAAGCUGACCUUCUCCGACCCCGACAAUAACAAACACAUACACGCAUCCUUACACGCAUUCACAGAGAGAGUGUUCCCGUAUUUUUGUGGCUCAUCUUUUAAGAUCUUGCAAUCCAAAGCUGCUGUUACAGUGUGGCAGUAAAGCUAAAUUUACUCUGGUGUACCAGGAAUCUGAAAAUACACUGCAUGUAUAAUGUUAAUGCACUAUUAACAUGUUUUUUUUUGCAUUGGUUCCCUGUGACUACUUGUACUGUUUGAUUUCUCCCAGAGACUUCAGGUAAAAUCCUGAAUUCUUGUACAAUGUCCAGUUCUGUCAAUCUAAACAUCAAUGUCUUGUCAUGCAGUAUGUUAGGCCUUUGGUCAAAUAGAAAGGGCACCUUCCUUGUGGAUAUUCAUUUAUGGUUGGGACUGGACCACUCUUUUCCAUUACAGGUGGCAAACCAGUUAAACAUAUACAUUUUGUUUCAUGUUGGACUGAGGGUCUAGUUUCACCCUUCAUGAGAAAUGUGUGAGCCGGCACACAGAUUUAUGAAAGGGCUUGCAAGAAGGAAUGGAUAGAAUGAAUGAAAGAAAGAAAGAAACCAUAUCUACAGUAUAUACUGUAUUCUAAAACGUUUCUAUUCAAGCUUAAUUGUUGACUGGUUAGCUAAUGGUUCAGGUUGUAGUGUUGUUGAUUGGAGUAUAAUGAUGUUUGCAAAUUAAAUUACCUUUUGUGUUGUUGUUCUGUCAUGUUAAUAAGCACACGUUUUGUAUUUUUAAAGUGUGCAUACAUUUUGGGAUACCCUAUACAUAGUUUAAAUUCUUAAUAUAAAUGUUUACAUGUAUGCAUAUUCCAUCAUCUUAACUUUUUGCUUUGACUGCUUCAGUUCCUUUUUCCUGCAGUGCCUACCAAUACAAACUAUUGUGAAUUUUACUGCAAAAUGUUCUGGGUAUCUGGACAUGUUUUGUUUAGUCGUUUGUUGUCAUAAUAAAAUUCAUUCAAAUGCUCUGAAAACAGUGCAGUAUCGUUGUCCAACAUACAUUUUCUGAAUAUUUAUUUUCUACUCCACUGACCUCAAGUUAUGUAUAGCUUUAUUUGCCAAAGGGUCUUCUUGUCCUCUCCUGCUCCAUUUCUUUCUCAGGCUGUCCCCACCCACUAAUCAGCAUGUUUUUUUCCUGC